AUGCACACGCCGCUUACUUUUGCAGCCGACGCCAACACCGACAUCUGGAAGAAGCCUCCCGCGCAUGACGUCUUUACAGCCCCCUAUCGCGUCCAUUCCAAGGGCCCAACCCUCGGCUUCAAAUCCGCAUGCAUCACCUUCCUCGCCACAUACACCCACCAGUUCGACCAGGCCGGCAUCCUCUUCAAGUUCACCAACGGCGCCGACAGGAAAUGGAUCAAGUCGGGCAUCGAGCUCUUCAACGACGCGCCUCGGCUGUCCACCGUCUGCACCGACAACUACUCCGACUGGAGCGUCUCAGACGCCCCCUGCGGCCACGAGGUCCGCAACGCCUCCCGCCCCGUCACCAUCUCCGUCGAGCGCAGCGACGACGGGACCGGCACGACGCUGUGGGUGUACCACCUCGACCGGGACGGCGGCAAGACGCCCCUGAGGGAAAUCACCUGGCCGUUUGGGACGGCCGCCGGCGACGGGUGGGAGGUCGAGGUCGCCGCCGCCAUUGCGAGGCCCUCCAAGGACACGGCGGAUAAGUUGGAGGCCACGUUUACCGAGUUUACCGUCAACUGGAACUGA